UAACGCACUGAAAAGGGGGUGACUAAAAGCAAUUAACGUCAAUAUUUAAUCACAACAGAUAAAUUUAAACAUUUUCCUAAAAACUGUUCACUGUUCACAUACAAAACUCUGUAUUAUAUAACACUGUUUGGGUAUUCUCCACUCCAGCGAAACUUUCACGGUGUUAUUACCCCGAGCUCACCCCCCCGUAUCUCUGUAAAAUGGUUCAGCCCCGGGGUUACAGGAAGUUGUAGCAGCUGCCAUGUUGAGCUGCUUUGUUGUAGAUUUCUUGUAGGUUUUCCAGCAGCUUUUUUUUUAAGUCUGGCAAUGGAGACGAGCUGGAGUACCUUCUUGUUUCAGGCGAAUGACACCCUGCAUCACCAGCACCAGUUGGGCCCGAACAGCCUGCUGCCACUGCUGAAUGCUGAGCCGCAUGACCAUAAGCCCAUCAUGCCUAUCCAGCUUGAUCAGAAGCCACCAGUGAGCUCCGCCGACCACCUAAAGGACAGCAUGGGUGGUGUGACAGGAGGAGGAGGAGGUGGAGGGGGCCAUGGUGGCGGAGGAGGUGGAAUCGGAGCACCAAUGGCCAUAGUGAAGAAAGAACCCAAAAGCAAAACACCGUUUAUCUGCGGUUACUGCAACAAGGCCUUCCGAGAUAGCUAUCACCUGCGACGGCAUGAGUCGUGUCACACCGGGGUCAAGAUGGUAUCACGGCCUAAAAAGACUGCGCAGACCACGGCGCCCACCAUGGUGCCACUGCUCUCCAGCAUGACGAGAGAAAACAACGCUAACCCCUCGUACAUCCUAACUACGGCUGCGACAUCGGCCUCAGGUGCCAUGGUGCCGACCUCCACGAUUGCUGCAUGCCAGCCGAGUGCGCCCAAGAAGCCGGCCAAGCCUGUGAAGAAGAACCAUGGGUGCGAGAUGUGCGGCAAGGCUUUUCGUGAUGUCUACCACCUGAACAGGCAUAAGUUGUCUCAUUCGGACGAAAAGCCGUUCGAGUGCCCAAUCUGUCAACAGCGAUUCAAGAGGAAAGACCGCAUGACGUAUCAUGUACGUUCGCACGACGGCGGUGUGCACAAGCCCUACGUCUGCUCUGUCUGUGGGAAGGGAUUCUCCAGGCCUGAUCAUCUCAGCUGCCAUGUAAAACAUGUGCAUUCUUCAGAGAGACCUUUUAAAUGCCAAGUUACGGCCUGCACGUCAGCCUUCGCCACCAAAGACAGACUGCGCUCUCACAUGAUCCGACACGAGGGCAAGGUCACGUGUAACAUCUGCGGCAAGAUGCUUAGCGCCGCCUAUAUCACCAGCCACUUAAAGACACACGGCCAGACCAACUUUAACAACUCCUGCAACAAAGGGGACUGGCAGUGGAACACAUCAGGGCUGCUAAGAGACAACACCGACGUGUGCCACUCUGGCACAGUCACGUCCGUCUCCAUGUCUGCGCCUGUCACGACGCAGAUGAGCCGCGUCAACGCCGGCACGGCCGUGACCAUCGGCGCUCAGGUGAACCUCAGCACAACGGUAAACACUGUGAACAUUACGUCAGCGCCGGUGAGCCUGCAGCACCCGGUGACCAUCACAGGCCCAGUUAACAUCGCCUCGGUGAACAUCCCGGCCACGGCGUCGGCAAUGAACAUCGCACACCCGGUCGCCAUCACCACACCCAUGCCCAUGAACAUCGGCGGUCCGCUCAACAUCGCCAUGCGGCCCAUGGAUAGCAUGUCCUUUCUAUCACAGGUCCUGCCCUCCUCACCUCCAUGGUGAUCUGCACCUGAGCUCAUCCAAACCUGAUUCUCCUAACCAGCUGACUCCGCCCCCUCCCCUUUCCCCAGCCAGUAAGUGUUUACUCUUGUGGCGCGGCCCUGCAGCCACAUCACAGGCAACGCUGCAGCGGCGACGGAGUUCCCUGCCGACGUUUUGUGAAGGAUUUCUUACUUCGAUUUGAUUUCGUUCGCGGUUUGAUGACCGAUGGGACGAAUAUUUAGUGACACUGAGCACGCAGACCUCACCGAGGUUUUUUAAAGACAAAUGCAAUAAAGUGCUGAUUUAUAUUUUUUUCUAUAUAUAAAUAUUAAUUUUCUAUCUCAGAACAUUGGGAUUUCUUUUUAUGUUGUUUAGCUGUAGCCUGCUUUAAUUUAGUUUUUUUUUUUUAAAGGAAGUAACUUUCAAAGGGAUGAAAGCUUUUACUGAGAGGGAGGUUUUGAAAUGUUUUACAGAAAAGGGUGGCUGAUUAAUGACUCGAGGUACAAGUAACUGUAUUUUAUUGUACAGUUGCUUAUGCUGGUGUUUGCAUUUUAACUGACUACAAUUGUGAACUUUUUUUCCCUCAGUUGCAGUGCUCCAUCACUGACUCAUGACUGUUAGUUUCUUCUUGCUCUUUUUAGGACAGUUGGGGUAUGAUUUGUUUACUCAAAUUUUUUUUUUGUAUUAUUAUUUUUAUUUAAAUUAGGAACAGAUAAAGGAAUGAUUCCUGCACUGAAAGCGUAUCCCUUGUGUACAGCAACAGUAUUAUCAAAGAUCAAACCUGUUUCGGGCAACCAGCCUGGACAGCACUUGGCCAUUAGUGACUGGUGAAAAGCUGCAACUCAAAAGUUCAAUUUGAUUUGGACUGGAUUCAUGUCGUAAGACUAGUAGGUAGUGUUUUUAUACCCUUGUUUUUAAACAUACAAUGAAUAAUUAUUUUUCCUUCUCUUUUUUUUUUUUUAGCAAGGGCCCUGUUAAGAGGAAUGUUCUGCUCAGGAAAACCCAGUAAACAACUUUUUAUAUAUAUUUUUUUUCCUUAAUAAUAAUGUCCAGCAUCCUGGAAUAAUUUUUUUUGUAAAUAUCUAUUUCCCCAUGCACUGUUCCCCCCCUAUCAUGGUUUAGGGGGGGUAACAAAAUGAACAACUGAUAUUACCGGCCAUUUUUAAUGGAACGAUUCCGUCUUGGUGUUUUAAUGAGAAAUCCGACUCUUUCACUUUGCCUUGUGCACACGUGCAGUUUUUAAGCACGCACUCAUCGACUUUCCAUCAGGAUUCAGACGUCCCUGGAGGGGGCCACCUGCAGUGAAAGCAGUCAUUAAAGCAAUUCCCUUUACCCUGUGUGCAAGGUUAUGCUGAAUUCCUAAUUAACUUUCAUUAUUCUCGAACAAGCCCAGGUACUUUCGUGUUGUCUUUCAACAUGGCCAACAGCCGCUGAGGUUCUGAGACGAUUGACUGUAUCUUGCUUUGAAGUUCAGUGUUCUGCUUUUCCAGAGCAAAUCUUCCCGUAUGAAGUCAGUUAGAUUGCACGCUUAAAUGCCAUGCCCACAGCUUUUAAACAUAAACACUUACUUAUAGCAGAGUGACAGUAAUGAAUUUUAUCAUCUUGUAUGUGAUGGUGAAGAGAUUGGCUAUUUUACUACCUGACUGGUAAAUGAUCUUUUUUUUUUAGUUAUUAAAUUUUGGUUGAUCAUGUCGGCAUUGCCGAAACAGCGGCAUCUUUAAAAUUUGAGAAUUUGAGAAAUACUUCUGAAAUGUACGAGGAGUCUGAAUACCUCAUGCGUAUAUAACAUUUUGCUAGCUUCCUCUAACAAUAUAGAACUUGCAGAGCAUAAUGUCAUGUGGUGCUUUUUGUGAAAACGGUAGCUUGGCCAAACUCCUUAAGAUCGAGUCUGCGAUUAUUUGUAACUAGCAAAAUAUUUGUUCCAAGAUAAUGACUUCACGGCAAGGCUUGUUCAUGUAGCCAUUACAUGUCACAGCGCCACUUGCAGCACUGGAGCACUUGUACUCGAUGGCUAAACAGUCAGAUCCCACACAGUGGUGGUUUCAUCUCCACAUUAAGUACACUGAGGCCUUUACGGUGACCAGAUCGCUUGGAUCUUAAAGGCUAUGGAGUUUUAAGGGGGAUGAGUAAAGUGAAGUCAACGAGGGCGUGUUUACAAACUGGAUGUAGGCUCGGGCAAAAAAAAACUCAAAAGAUUUUACUCAACCAUAUUGUCUCCUCUAUUGCCACUACUCGAACAGAGAAAAGUCCAGGAGGACGUGUCUGCUCUUGGGUCACUACGAGGGUUCGGAGCCCUGCCAAUGUGAGUUUAGGUACACUGUGUGAAGCACUGUCGGCACACAGCGUUCUGAUUAGUAUUUUUUGGAAAUGUUUUUGAUAUGAAUGAUUCUGUAACACGCUCCAUGUCACUACAGUGCAAACUUCAAGCAAAGAAGUGAUCGGGCGAGCGAGCGGUGCCGAGACAACACUAAUUUAGGGGUUUUCUUUUUGCAUUUUGUUUUUAGGUCAGUAGUUCCAGUCAUGUGCCGAUAUUCGGUUUUCCGAUAAACUGCAAUAAUCACAUGCACAGUAUUCUUAUUGUGGACGAGUCACAAAAAAGUUGUGUGUGUGUGUGUGUGUGUGUGUGUGUGUGUGUGUGUGUAUAUAUCUAUAUAUAUCUAUCUAUAUAUAGUAUAGAUAGAUAUACAAAGGCAGCAUCUUGUGUGUCAGGUUUACAAAAUAUUUUCUCUGCCUUAAUGAAAUGCAAAUGCUGUAAACUUUUAAUAAAGGUUUAGACACAUUUAA